AUGCAUAAUUGGAGAAAAGCAAUGGAAGUAUUUAAUACGCAUGUUGGUGGUGUAGCUAUUGCUCACAAUGAUGCAAGAACACAAUUUGAGGCUUUUCAAAAUCAACGACAAAGUGUGUCACAUUUGCUACAAGAACAGGGGUGUGGAAUGGAGGUUGCAUAUCGCACUCGAUUAACGACAACUUUGGAUGUUACACGCUUUCUUUUGAAACAAGGUUUGUCUUUCCAUGGACAUGACGAGUCAUUGAGUUCCUCAAAUAAAGGUAACUUUCUUGAAUUGAUUGAGUGGUAUACCCAAAGAAAUGACGAGGUUGCUAAGACAAUGAAUGAAAAUGCCCCUGGAAACAAUCAAAUGAAAUCUCCAACAGUUCAAAAGGAUUUAACACAGGCUUGUGCUGCUGAAGUCACAAAUUUCAUUCUUAAUGAUAUAAAAGACAAUAUAUUUUCUCUUAUGAAGGUUAUUGAUGAAUUAUUUGCAAAACAUAAGUUGUCAUUAUCAAGAUUGAGAGGUCAAGGAUACGAUGGAGCUUCAAAUAUGCGAGGUGAGUAUAAUGGAUUGAAGGCUCUUAUAUUGAAGGAAAAUUCAUCUGCAAGAAAAGAUAAGUUUAGACAACUUGAACAUGAUAAACUUGUAGAAUGUUUGGAGAAAGGAGAUAUUGUUAGUGUGCUUGAAAAUGUGUAUGAUGAUGACACUAAUGAUGAUAAUAAUGGUAUUGCCGCCAGUUUGAUUGAUAAGAUGGAGAGUUAUGAAUUUGUGUUUGUGAUGCAUUUGAUGAAAUCUUUAUUGGGAAUCACAAAUGAAUUGUCGCUUGCCUUACAACAAAAGGAUCAAAACAUUGUACUAGCUAUUAGUUUAAUCAAGACAAUGAAAGUUCGAUUACAAAAAUUGAGAGAGGAAGGAUGGGAGAAUCUUUUGGAUGUCGUCAACAAAUUUUGUAGUAACCAUAUGAUCCCAAUACCGAAUAUGGAAGAAAAUAUGAGAACUCGUGGUCGCAACAGACAUCCAAAGGACUUUUUGUCUCAAUUUAAUAUUGGUAAGUUACUCCGCCUUGCUGAACUUUAUCCGGAGGACUUUUCAUUGACCGAUCGUGUAAUACUUGAGGACCAACUUGAGACUUACAUUCAAAAUGUGCGAGGUGAAUUUUCUACAAUUGAAGAUUUGGGAAGUCUUGCUAAAAAGAUGGUUGAAACGGGCAAGAAUACAGUUUUUUCAUUGGUUUAUCGUUUGAUCGAGUUAGCAUUGGUUUUACCAGUUGCAACUGCUUCUGUUGAAAGAGUUUUUUCUGCUAUGAAAAUUAUCAAGAUUGAUUUACGUAAUAGGAUGGGGGAUGAGUGGAUGAAUGACAAUUUGGUAGUAUACAUCAAGAAGGAUAUUUUUGCCACAAUUGAAAAUGAACAAAUUUUACAACAUUUUCAACAGAUGAACACUCAUCGGAUACAGUUGCCUCCUCUUGUUUGUAUGUCCGGAACUUGUACUAGUUCAAGUAUCAAAAAAUAA